GUUGGGGUAAAAAGACAGUGAUACAGUCUAAGCAGUAAACUGCAACAACAACAACAACAACAAUGAAAAUAGCCUUACAGUUCAAGGCAAACCUUGAGAAUCUGACAAAUCUGAAACCAGAAGGGGAGGAUUUCAGAUGGUAUAUUAAAUUAAAGUGUCUCAACUGUGGUGAGGAGACAACAAAGUUUGAAUACUUGACGUUGACGGAGAAUGCACCACUGAAGGGUGGACGGGGACAUGCCAGUAUGGUGGUGAAAUGUAAACUCUGUGCCAGGGAAAAUUCUAUAGAUAUAUUGCGUGAUACCAUUGCGGCUUAUAAUGCUGACAACUCCAAUCAGUUUAAAACAAUGGUUGUUUUUGAUUGUAGAGGAGUUGAACCCACAGACUUUUCACCAAGGGUUGGUUUUACUGCUGAAGGAGAAGAGACUCGUACUCCAUUUCCUGAAGUUUCAUUAACAGAAGGGGACUGGAAUGAAUAUGAUGAGAAGAAAGGAGAACCAGUUAGCAUUACUGAAAUUGAACAUAAAUUUGUAAAAGUUAAAUAAAGUGCUAUAUUUUACUGCUAUCAUGGUCUUAAAUUAUACUAACAUUUAUACAACAUGAACAUGUAAACUGUGCCAUUCAAUAAAUUUAUUUCAAUGACACAUACACAUUUUGCCUUCAAAAGGUUUGAAUGUUGUCAUGCAUUUUAUAUAUGUUUUUAUUUCAGUCAUAAUAUUACUGUAAUUCAUGUAUUAGAAGAAUGGAACAGAGUAAACUUUUUGGAAAUAA